CGCUAUUCGCAGUUUGUCUGUCCUUUCCUACUUAUUCGUGCAUCCCCUGCGAACUUGCGGCCGAUUCAUGCUUGGCCGACUUCCGGCCAUCGUUAUUGAUAAUGGAACUGGCUAUUCCAAAAUUGGGUACGCCGGGAAUUCCGAACCACAAACUAUCUUCCCCUCAUGCAUUGCUGUUAAAGAGUACAGCAAAGUGGGAGCGAGAGAAACACGACGUCUUGGCACCGGGUUGGACGAUCUCAAUUUCUACAUCGGGGAUGAUGCUUUGGCACUCGAUGGAAAGAACUCGUAUUCCGUCAAGUGGCCUAUACGACACGGAAUCAUCGAGGAUUGGGACUUGAUGCAGCGAUUUAUGGAGCAGGUGAUCUACAAGUACUUACGUGCAGAACCGGAAGAUCACUACUUUCUGAUGACAGAACCUCCUCUGAACACACCGGAGAAUCGUGAAUACACGGCGGAGAUAAUGUUUGAGACGUUCAACGUUCCGGGGCUGUACAUCGCAGUUCAAGCUGUGCUCGCAUUAGCUGCCUCGUGGUCCUCUCGACCGAAGGGAGAGCACACGUUGACAGGCACAGUGGUCGACUCGGGUGAUGGCGUCACCCACGUGAUCCCCGUUGUAGACGGAUACGUUGUCGGAUCUUGCAUCAAGCACAUCCCCAUAGCCGGCCGCGAUAUCACCACCUUCAUACAACAUCUCCUUCGGGAUCGCGAGACUAACAUACCGCCGGAAAUGAGUAUGGAAAUCGCGAAACAAAUUAAGGAGCGGUGA